AUGAAAUUGUGAGUUCAUCCUUUCCAAAUUCGAAUAUCUAAAUUCAUAUUAAUCUCAGAAAAUCAAAAGAUCCGAAAGCUAAGAAGACUGAGCCUAAGCCAUCAGAGAAUGAAUCGAAAUCUUCUACUAAACAAUCAGAAAACCCAGAGAUCCCGGAAAAGCGAAAAUAUUUAAAGACAAUUUUAUUGGGUGUUGGAGGAGCUAUAAUAUUGCUGGUGAUUAUUGCUCUUAUCAUAUUCAUGAUUUUGUCCAAAGAAGAACCCGCGAGGUUUUCAGAAGUUUGUGAAACAAAAGAAUGUGUAAAAUUAGGAGGGGAAAUGAGGGAAAUAAUGAAUAAUGCAACCGAUCCAUGUCAAGAUUUUUAUGAAUAUAGUUGUGGAAAUUGGAAGGAAUUUGCAGAUCAUCCAAUCAAAAAUCGAAAAAAACUCGAAACAUUUUUCCAAAAAACCUACAAACCAGUCACAAGAUCCGAAAGAAUUGCCAAAGUUGUAUUUGAAAAAUGUCUACUAGCAAAGUCAGCGAAACUUGGGGAUUUGAACCAAAGAAUAUGGCACAGCCAAGAUUUCACAGAAUUACUGAUUGAAGUUGUGAAAGUGACGCCAAUCGAUACGUUUUUCCUGAGAAAUUCAAUUCGGCCCGAGUACAAGGAGAAGAAAUUGGUGCUCACGUUUUAUGCGCAUUUAGCGGAAUACAAGGUAUGCUUUAAACAACCCAAAACCGUGAAAUUUUCAAUUUUCAAGAACUUUUUCAUGAUUAUUGAUAUUCCUGAGUGAAAAAGGAACAAAUUGAUAUAUUUUAUGUAGUGUUUUCGAAAAAUUGGGAGAAAAAAGCUGAAAAUUGCUUAUUUCACGAUUUCGAAUAGCUGUUUAGGUAGAGAAUCUUCUCCUUUUUCUUUUUGUGUGAAGUAAUUCAGUUUUAUCCUCAUAUUUUGCUUGAAAACGCUGAAAAAAACGAGAAAGACACACAGAAAAUUCAAACGUGCCGCCUGUUCGCUAGAGCGCGUUUGCCUCACCGUGUGUGUUUGUGUGUUUUUUUUGCCCGCAGUUUUGUGCUCAAAAUAUGUUUUUUGCAGGAAUUUUGGAGCGCGACUGAGAAAUUUGCAAACAAUGAUUUGAAUGCAACCGAUUUAUCGCCGGAUGAUACAACAACAUUCACUUUUAUCGAUCUUCAACGUUAUUUGAAAGGAUUACUUCCUGAAGAAUAUCGAGAAAAGAAGAUGAAUUGGAAGUUGAAAGUUGCGAGAACAGGAAUUGAACAGGUGAGAGUUAAAGCUCAUACUGGAAAUUCUCGCAUUUUCAGUUGAAUACGUUUUUGAGAAAUCGUGGAGUUUCGAAAAUCCGAGACAAUAUUCUACGACCCAGAUGGGAAAAGGAACUUGAGAGGUUUAUCGGCACAUCCGAAAAUCGAUCCGAAUUUUGUUUUUCAGUUGUUGA